GGUACAGCAACGGAACUGGCCGGGAUGGUUCCAGGGAAAGGUCUGGGGGGUCCAGGCGCGACGGCGGUGGCCGAAGGGACUACGACGGCAGCAGGGACAGGCAAUAUGGUUACAUUGGGGGGGGCGGCGGGAGACACGGCGUCUACCGGGAUUCCAGCAGGGGUCGGUACGAACGUGAUCGGGGUGGCGGCGCCGACGGUUCAAGAGGCCGUUACGGAGAGGGUGAUGGAGGACGUAGGCCGUGGGCAGGCGGCGGCGGCGGUGGCUACAGCGACGACAGGGGUCGACGUCGCGAGGAUGAUGAUUAUAGCACAAGAUGGUACGGGCGAAACGGGGAUCGCACAGCGGGGAGGGGUGGAGGUGAUUUCCGCGACGACCGAGCAAUGGGGAGUUAUCGUGCGCGUGGUGGUGGCCGUGACGCGGCAGUAGCCACAUGCAGGCGAGAAGAGUCCGGCGGGGACAACAACGCUCGCCGUCGCCAUGGAGCCGGCAGCGGCGUCGCACAAGGAGAAGGUGCCUCUAGUAGUCCGGUUGUGGGUUUCGUCGAUGGGCAGUGGGUGUCGGGCGGGAUUCUGGGCGAUGAUGCCGACAGCGACGCCAGCAAAGACGCCAACCCCGGGGGGAAGCAAGGCAACGCCGACGGCGGACAGCGCGAGAGCGGUCACGGCAGCAGUAGCGGCAGCCUCGGCAAGCCUGCCGCGGUGGAAACAGCAGCUACGGCUACGGCUACCAUUCCCGGUACAAGCGGUGAUGUGCCCAGGCGCCCGCGCUGGGACAAGGCGGCCCCUACCGCUACCGCGGGCCUGAGCGCCGCGAUUGCGAAGGCUUCGGGGAGAGCGGUGUCGGGGAAAAAGAAGCUGGCGUGGGGCGCCGCUGGUGGCGGUGGGAGUGCCGCAAAGAGACCGCUGUGGGGGAGUACAACAGAGGCUGGAGUCGCGGCGCCGAUGGGCGGUGGGAAUGGAUCCGGGAUCAGCCCCGAACAGGCUCAGGAGGGGGAUCAACAAGCGGACGGCGUCGAGCAGAGGUGGCAAGAAGCUGCCGCAGCCUUAGGGCCGGCAGAGCGGCAGGUUAAGUUCCUCCGGCUGCUGGGUGCAAAGAAGGGAGCGGCGGCGGCGGCGGCGGGUGCCUCGAUCGCCUCGAGAGGGGCGGGAGGCCUGUUUUCUCCUUCUGGUGCCGGUGGGGCCGGAACCGACGACGGCCUGGCGGCGAACGCGAAGGUGAUGCAAGACUUGGAAAUACACUACCAGAAGGCGCAUCGAGCACACUUCGGCUUUCAGCGGGGGCUAGGAAAAUGAUAAAACGGCGUAGAUGGGGGCGCAACCCCCGCAAGAGAAUGCACUCAAUGAGGGAUGAGGGCAGUAUCCUCGAUAGUGCGGGACCGCACGCUACGUGUUCGAGACUAUCCGUCACGGAACUCGUAGAAAUCAUGAGGGGAUUGUGAUUUUGGGUGUAUGGCGGCGUUAUUUUCCGACGCUCUCGAUUCCUUUGGACCAUCGCAAGGGGUUAGUAUUGUCGCGCAUCCUCCCCUAGCGAUGAUGUUCUUCUAGACAUGUGAGGACACCUUGCUGAGGUGUGGCCGGCAUCGAACCCUAACGAUGAUGUUCUUUGGAACCGCCUCGACGAUUGAGAAGGUGCAGGGCGGAUUCUUGGCUUGUUUGUGUCUUGUGGGCCACGCCGCUUUGUUGUUUCUGACGACCAGUCAUCCCCCGUUGUCAACUGGGGCAGUGCUAUAACGGCCGUGAAUUGACGUCCACGCAGAAAGAAAAACGGCACGUGAGGUAGAGGUGUUGGAUAAACAUACGAUGCCGAUAAAAGAGGCACUCACGGCUCCUCUAGAAAACUGGUAGUUGGGGUGCAGGUGGUUGUGAUCUGCUGCGUUGGUACAGCAGCAGGAAAGUCCUUGUAGUGUUCGAUGGAUUGAUGGACAAGUUGAGUAGGGAAGGAUUGUUGGAAGUGUUUUUUUUUAUGGGAACAGGAACACGGGUAGGUUGGGGGUGUUCGUUGUCCGAGUGAUGUGGUGAGUUCAAGAGGGGAUAGCGGCAUACGUAAUGGUCAAUCCAGGCAUUCAUAUCUAGAAGAGUCCACGAUGUAGUCAUGGGGUCGAAGUGGGUUUGUUUUUCUUCGCGGCAGUGCCGUUUCCUCCAGAGGUGGCGUUCUGAAAGGAUGCUCGUGUUUUCACAUAUGCAUAUGAUAAAAGUGCCCCGGGCAAACCUCGAGACGCAUACGGAGAAUGUUAACCAUCACACCCGCCUGUAGCUCUCCCGACGACGGGACUGUUGAUGUCGGGAAGUAUGCAUAUGUAUCUGCAAGCUGCGUGCUUUAGUCGAAGGAAUGGCUUGCCAAGUCUCGGUUGGUACUGAAUAUUCUUGGGGAACAUGCUUCUACAAGCAGUAGUCCGACGAACGACACCAUGCCUGUACAACGCAUGGACACCUAAAAACGCUGUGGUGUGCACCACGGCUGUCUCAAUCUCUUCACGACUUCGUAGCUACGCCACAGACCGCACGUGUUGCCACUACCAAUAGCAUCCCCCCUCUGCGGGCGCCCGCUAGUAGCAGCGGAAGC